UUGAACACAUGUGCACAAACUGAGCGUUAUGUUGUUGCAACAGUGAAAGUUCACGAGUGAAUUAUUAACUGAACUACCGCAAUGCACUCUUGUUUAACGUGUUUUUAAUGUUGUCAAGCGCUCCGUGUUUACGGGGUUUCGAUAUGGCAGCCCUGCGUGCAGCUAAACAAGCUUUAAGAAAAGACAUCAAGAAGCGAGUGGCUACGAUGAGCGAUCAAGAGAAACUUCGACAGUCAAGAGUGGUCUCACAAAAGUUGUUCAAACAUCCGAAAUACCUUUCCAGCCAGCGUGUGGCUGUCUUCCUGAGCAUGCAGGAUGAGGUCCGGACAGAGGACGUCCUUCAGGAUAUCUUCAAGCGAGGUAAAGUGUGCUUCAUCCCCAGAUACUUCAGCAACAGCACUCAUAUGGACAUGCUUCGACUGAAAGACCCGGAGGACAUCCAGAACCUGUCCCUCACGUCCUGGAACAUCCGACAGCCGGGAGAUGAAGACGCCCAGAGCAGAGAGGAGGCCUUGACUACAGGAGGACUUGAUCUUAUCCUCAUGCCUGGGCUGGCGUUCGAUAAGAACGGGAACAGGCUCGGACGAGGGAAGGGUUUUUACGACACGUAUCUGGAGCGCUGCGGAAAGCACCAGCGUGAAAAGCCGUACACCAUCGCCUUGGCUUUCAAAGAGCAGCUCUGUACUGACAUCCCGGCGGACGAUCGGGAUUUUAUUAUCGAUGAAGUCCUCUAUGAAGAUGAGGAAUGAACUCGAUCGAAUUAAAUGUGGAUGAAAACGCUUCCUCGGACAUCGGUCGUGUUUCUACAUCUGUAACCAAGCGAAUCUCUUCAAUCUCUUCAAGCUUUAAAAUGAAAGACCUGGAAGAAAGUCUUUAAACAAGAUUGAUCAAACUGUCACUAACAAACGGAGGCCUGCCCUGACCUGACCUUCAAAUGUUCACCCGUGCAUGUUCUUUAGUUCCUGUUUCGCUUUCCUUUUUGCUGUAAAAUAAAAUAUACGGGAUCUCUCCGUGAAGGACCAAGCAGUCGUGCUACUUCACCUCACUUUGCCUUCAUAAUGUUCUCAGACAUCAAAAGCAAUUCAUGCUUGAUUUUUUAUUCUUGCUGGAAAUUUGAGAGAAAUGCAAACAACAAGAUGCACACAGCCACAGAUAUUAUUUCUCCAUAGAAAGGAACAAAUGAUAUUGUGAAAGAAAAUAGAAAAAUCUUCAUCGACGUUCACUGGUUCAAACAGUCAAUCAUCAGGUGUAUGUUUACAUAAUCCUUUCGGAUCCUGAAUAUCAGAAAUGCCUGUACACAAUAGCUGUGUCUGAAACCGCUCCCUAUCUCCUAUAUAGUGCACUAUAUCAGGCGUCCGCCAUUUUGUAGUGGUGUCUGAUACCUGCGUGAACUACUUCAUUCCCUACAUUCGUUCACUCUUUAUUUCCCACAAUGCACUUUGAUUUUGAGUGUACAUUCGAUGUACCCUCGCUCACUCACUAUUUCCCAUGAUGCAACACGCGACGACCGCUUGAUUAGAAUCAGCUGGAUGAGAGUGACCGUUAAUGCCACGAAUGCACGUUUACACUCGCGUUUGUUCUUGUUGACAGUUAUUUUCGUGUUUUCGAGAAUAAACUGAUUAAAUGAAUGUUAUAGACCGUCGUGCUUUAUUUGAAAUAUAUUCAAUAAUUUUAUUCAACGUAAUAAACGUUAAAGUAAAUAAACGUGGCAAACAGUUGUUUUGUUCGCUUUAUUGAAAACUUAUACGAAAACGUGACAAAUUAGGUGAAAAUGAACUUUAACGUUUUAUUAAGCAAUCCACUAAGCCACACAGGUGUAAUAGAAUAGACCGUUGGCUGAACGUCUGAUGCAUUAGGAACACUUUUCUGGAAACACUUCAGCACGUUCGAGGUCGUUAUCUGAUUGGUUGAAUUUCACAGGAUUUCCGGGAGACGUGCGUGUCGUGUUCUUUUAACAGUCCGCCUGGAAACAACACGAGGCCGUCUGAUCUAAGAAGUAACGCCUCUAAACAUGACAAGGCACAAAAAAAAAACGUGAUUGGUUGCUUUACCUGUCAGUCAUAUGGCCUCUUGGGGCGGGCCUUGGCCAAAGAAAGCGGCGAUAAGUGAAGAUCUGGCUACGCGAGACUAGGUGUAAUAUAACCGUUAUGUCGAAUGUCCACGACAGUACUGUCAGACUCAGGUUAUAUCACGUCAGUGUCCGAAAUCGUUCACUCAUUUUCAUUCACUUCUUCCCCAUAUAGUGGACUCAAAUGUCAUGCGCUAUAUAGGGAAUAGUGAAGGAGUGAGCGAGGGAGCGGUUUCAGACACAGCAAUUGUGAAUAAAAUACAGCUUCUCUUUGAACAAUAUAAGAGGACGGAUUCAUUACGCAGCUGGAGGUUUUUUCAGAGCGUUUGACACAUACAGACGGCUCUGUGGGGAGAUGUGCGUCAUUCACAUGAAGAGCUGAGAGGAAAAGGAGCGGUUAAGACGUUGAGACGGUUUCCUGUGGCUCAGAGGUUAGAGCAUGGCGCUAGCAACGUCAAGGUCAUGGGUUCGAUCCCAGGGGAUUGCACAUAGUCAGAAACAAAUGUAUAGUACAAUGCAAUGUAAGUCGCUUUGGAUAAAAAAGUCUGCCAAACGCGUAAAUGUCUCAAAAGAUCCCCGGGAAAGAAAUGAUCAACCGCUCAGCUGACAGAGAAGUGAAGGCCCUCGUGACGGCAUGGACUGAAUAGAUGUUUGUCUUGUAUACUCACUUUUCAAAGCGUGAUAUUGUCAAGGGUUAAAUGGGCUAGUUGUACAAGACAGCGCUGGUGAGCUUUUGGGACGCCAGGGUCGGCAGACUAAUAUCCGGUCGUAUAACACUAUCAAGUUGUUUUGGCUUAGUACUGUAAAGAGGAUGUGCCAUAUCGCCGAUAUAUUACUUUAUUUUUUAUCUAAAAAAUACCGUAUUUGCCCGUCAAAAAUCCUCCUUGUCCCAUACAGUGUUACACGACCGGAAAUUACUCUGCCGACCCUGGCGUCGCAAAAGCUCACCGGCGCUUUCUUAUGAAACUAGCGAAUUAGUUCAACAAAACAUUUGAUUUUAUAGAUUUAAAGGGACAGUUCACCCAAAUUCUGUCAUCAUUUACUCACCCUAAAAUUGUUCCAAAAUUGUACAAAAUUCUUUGUUCUGUUGAACACCAAAGUAGAUAUUUUAAAGAAUGUGUGAAACUAAACAGUUCUGGGGCAAUAUUGACUACCAUUGUAGAUUAUUUCCUUACUAUGAAAGUCAAUAGUGCCCCAGAACUGUUUGGUAACGAACAUUAUUCCAAAUAUCUUCUUUUUUUGUUGAGCAGAACUAUGAAAUGUAUACAGGUUUGCAACAACUUGAGGGUGGGUAAAUGAUGACAAUUUUAUUUUUUUUGUGCAAACUGUCCCUUUAAGAUCUGGUCAGAAUCUUGGCCCGGCGUUUAUGUGAAUUAUGCCAUGGUGUCCAUGUGGGUGAGCUGAGUUCAAAUCUGAUUUGUGUCAUUGUUGUGACAAAAUAUAUAAAUACAAGAAAUAAAAGUGGAAUCUAGAAAUGACCAUUUGUAAUGAAGUACGUGAAUGAUUGUACUUGUCAUGAAGUACAGUAUCUAAAUUACAAAAUAAAUGCUAAAAAAUACUAAAUAUAUGAAAUUUUACUUUAGUAGAAAAAAUUUGGGUUGGGAGUUGAUUGGAUCAUAAAAAGUGGGCGUCACGUAAUGGAUCCAUGUGGUUGGAGGAGAACGGUUUACAAGUAUAUUUAUAUAUAUACUAUAGAGAGAGAGAGAGAUUUGUGCUAUUAGCUAAAAAAGUCAUUUCAAAGAUGAAGCCCUUUUAAUAAAAUGACAACGUUUCAAAAACAAGUGAACCUCAUAAGAAGGUCGUAUUUCAAGGUCGUAGUAACUGUGGUUGGCUUUCAUUUUUGAGGAGAAUGUUCAUACUUCAAUUACAAAUUAAUUAAAAACAUUUUUUUUCUGAAAUAUAAAAUAUAACCUUAAAUUGUAAAAUAUAACCUUGAUAUCUUUAAUAUUGAUAUUUUUAUAUAUUUUAAUAUGCCAGGUCUUAUUUACUUAAGCUAUCUUAUUUUGUAUUUUUUGUG